UCCUGAACACACACUCUGAGCUCUCAUAUCUCUCACCUCUCUGAUCUCAUCAGGUCAACUUUCAGCUGUGAAAAUUUUAGAUCAAGUCCAGUUGUCAAGAUGCAUGCGUUGCUCCUUAUAGUCCUGCAUGCUGCACUGUGCUGCGCCACCACAAACAGCCACCAAGAAAACAUUGAGACUCUAAUGGAUAAUGUUCUGGUCCUGAGGGUUCCUCAUAGUCUGGGUACCAGGGUGAACGUUCCUCUGACCUGCUUAGAAGAUUAUCAAAACCAACCUGUGUUUUGGAAGAAGAACGGCAUGGACCUUAAUCCACCUCUGCAGGGGAACCAGGUCAACAUACUGGUGGAAGAGAUGGAUGGUGGAAACUACACUUGUCACCACGGUUCAGACGGAUCAUACCUCAACCACACUAUGAUCCUGAUCCAACUAGACCCGGACAACAGGACUGUCAUACUGAAAGAAAAAUCCCCUGAAGACGGUCACAUCCACUGUUCAGCACCGAACUAUAGAGGCUCCUUCCACUGCACCUGGACAAGAACAGAGUCCAGAUCCAGCGCUGCUGUGCUCCUGGUGAAGGCAGAACGUAAUUUAGAAAAGAUACCUUGUGAGCUGGAUGCUGAUGGAUCAGGGGUUCACUGCCAGGAUGUCAACUGCCCACACGAGGAGGAACAACACCGCAUAUCCCUCAAAGUUUACAUACACAGCUACUCUCGGCUAGAGGCGUACACAAAGGUGUUCUACCUGAGAGACAUUGUGACGCCGGCAAAACUCCCUAACCUGCAGUCCAGUGAUGGGAAGGUGUUCAGCUGGAACUACCCUGACACCUGGGAGAAGCCCUGCAGCUACUUUAGCCUGCAGUUCCAGGUCAAGGUGGUCCAAAACGGACAUUCCUGUAACAGUGAAGAGUACAUAAUGCACAAAACCACUGAGGAAACUAAGUAUGUGGUGAAUGUCAAAACCAAGAGGUAUGUCUUCUGUGUGCGGGCUCAGGACAAGCACACCGGCGGGCCAUGGAGCCACUGGACUCAAUGCGUAGUGAAUAAACAAAAUGUGAAAUGCUAACUUCUUUCACUGGACUGCAGCCAUAAAGGAAGAAAGAAAACAAGGAUGGAAGCAAAAUUUUUCUAAGAAUUACCUAAUUAUGUAUCGUAGUGACAUAUGAAAUAUAUCUAGUCACUCACUUUUUUUUAAGCAAUUUACAAAACGUUGUACUUUGGGAGUCAAUGUAUACCUGUACAGUAUUUAUUCCUUCAUUCAUUUAAGUAGUCUGGAUUGAAUUACAGUAUAUUUUUGAAACAAAUGUAAUGAUUGAGUUGAAAUACUCAUUCAUUUACACCCCUUGUAACUUAUUUAUAGAUAUCCUUUGAC